AUGGCGGACCGGCGGCGGCAGCGCGCCUCGCAGGACAGCGAGGACGACUCGGACUCGGCCGCGUCCGAGAGCGCCGGCUCGGCCGAGAGCGAGGAUGGCAUCGAAGGAGACGCCGUGCUCUCCGAUUACGAAAGCGCCGAGGACUCGGAGGCAGAGGAAGAGGAUUACAGCGAGGAAGAAAGCGCCAAGGUGGAAUUGAAGCAGGAUAGCAACGAUUCCUGCGAAUCUGCAGCAAAAGCAGAGAAAGGGGAUGAGAAACAUGACUCCAAAGGCGCUGUGACCGGCGAGAGGCAGAGCGGGGACGGGCAGGAGAGCACUGAACCCGUUGAGAAUAAAGUGGGGAAAAAAGUUCCCAAGCACCUGGAUGACGAUGAGGAUCGGAAGAACCCGGCCUACAUCCCCCGCAAGGGGCUCUUCUUUGAGCACGACCUCCGAGGGCAGACUCAGGAGGAGGAGGUCAGGCCGAAAGGGCGGCAGCGGAAGCUGUGGAAAGACGAGGGCCGCUGGGAGCACGACAAAUUCCGGGAGGACGAGCAGGCCCCCAAGACCAGGCAGGAGCUCAUCGCCCUCUACGGCUACGACAUCAGGUCGGCCCACAACCCCGACGACAUCAAGCCGCGGAGGAUGCGCAAGCCCAGGUUCGGGAGUCCUCCUCAGCGAGACCCAAGCUGGCCCAACGAGAGGCCGAAUAAAGCGGGCAGAGCGGCGCCGGAGAGCGCGUGCGCGGCGCCGCGCGCCUUCGGCAGCAGGAGCCCCGGCGGCGCGGGCAGAGCGCCCCCGGGCAGGAGCCGCCCGGGCGCCUACAAGGAGAGCCGCCCGGGCUACCGGGCCCCCGAAAGCAGCGGCCCGCACCUCUCUCGCAGCGGGGAGCAGGCCAAGCAGGAGAGCGGCUACCGGGGCAAGCGCGGGGAGCAAAGCGCCGCGCGAGACGAGUCCCCCGAGACGGAGGCGGCCCCCGCGCACGGCGGCCCGGGCAGGGACGAGGUUGCUUUGGAAAGCCAGGGCGCGGGCGCUGACGCGGCGCAGCCGCCGCCGGACAGGCCGGUUGAGAAGAAGUCUUAUUCCCGGGCGAGGAGGACCAGGAUUAAAGCUGGGGAUGCGGGAAAGCUGGCGGAGGAGAUUCCUGCUUCGGAAGGGCUGGCGCCUGCGCCGCCAAAACCAGUCCAAGUGGAGGCAUCCCCCCCACCAGCCAAGAGCAGCAACUGGGAGUCGCCCGUAGAAUCCAGCUUGGAUGGACUGGAGCAAGAGAUGACACAAAUGAGUCUCACCGAGCAGAGCUGGAGCCCGGGGCAGUCGCAGUUCAUGCAAUCCCGGGAGCUGAGGGGUAUUCCCAACCAUGUGCACGUGGGGAGCGGGCCGCCGCCGCCGCAGUUCAACAGGAUGGAGGAAAUGGCCGUGCAGGGGGGCCGCGUGAAACGCUACUCGUCGCAGCGGCAGCGGCCGCCCGUGCCGGAGCCCGGCCCCGCCAUGCACAUCAGCAUCAUGGAAGGGCACUACUACGACCCACUACAAUUCCAGGGACCAAUCUACGCGCACGGCGAGAACCCUGCCCCGCUGCCUCCCCAGGGCAUGAUCGUGCAGCCCGAAAUGCACCUCCCUCAUCCAGGUUUACAUCCCCACCAGACCGCGGCCCCCAUGGCCAACCCCGGGCUCUACCCUCCUCCCGUCUCCAUGCCUCCGGGUCAGCCGCCUCCGCAGCAGCUACUGGCGCCGACUUAUUUCUCCCCUCCUGGAGUCAUGAAUUUUGGGAACCCUGGCUACCCUUACCCGCCGGGAGCGCUGCCCCCGCCGCCCCCUCCUCACCUCUAUCCCAACACACAGGCCCAGUCCCAGGUGUACGGCGGCGUCACCUACUACAACACGGUCCAGCAGCAGGUGCAGCCCAAGCCCUCCCCGCCGCGACGGACGUCCCAGCCCGUGACCAUCAAGCCGCCGCCUCCCGAGGACGGCAAAAGCGAGAAGUCCAAGGAGAGGAGCAACACGUAGGGCCGUGGCCGCGGGAGUCCCAGCACCAGCCUCGGCACCUCGGCGAGGAGGAAGCUCCUUGGAAAAGGCUCCUUCCCUGCGCCGGGGUGAGGCAGCAGCCUGGAAUCUGCUGCAGUCUCGUGCUCGGAGCCCGGCCCCUUCCCGCUCUGGUUUUCCCAGUGCCCUCCUGAAAACCGUGUCUCUUGCUGCUCAUCUGCCCUCCUUUCUCCUGCCCUCACUGGGGCACGUGGAAGAAUCGACCGCCGGAGUGGGGCCUUGGCCACAAGUUCUCGCAGCCUCUCCCCUUUACUAAGCACCCGCCCUUUCCCCUUUCUAGGAUGUUAAACUACAAAGGCUUGAUUAUGGUCUCUGUUUUUAUUUAAGAAAUGAAGCAGCUCCCUCAGUAAAGCUGAUUUGUU